UUCUACUUCAACUGCAGUAGUGUAAGAAGCCCAAAACAUCUGUCUUUAGAACUACUGUGUGUGUGAAUAAAGGGACAUGGCACAACAGAACAAGAAUAUUAAGCAAAAUGAAGAGUUGCUUGCAGCUUUCACUUGGCAAGUUCUUGGCACAGAUGAUGUGGAGCAGAAAGCCUACACCGAUGCUGACAUGGUCAAACAUCUGUUAGCUGAGAAAGAUCGGGACCUGGAACUGGCAGCUCGAAUUGGACAAGCCCUCCUUAAGCGAAACCACCUGCUGACGGAACAGAACGAAGCCCUAGAAGAACAGUUAGGACAAACUCUAGAUCGAGUUAACCAGCUGCAGCAUGAACUGUCAAAGAAGGAUGACCUGCUUCGUAUUGUUUCGAUUGCUUCUGAGGAGAGUGAAACUGAUUCCAGCUGUUCCACACCACUUCGUUUUAACGAGUCUUUCAAUGUACCACAUGAUCUGCUGCAGCUGGAUGUCUUGCAAGAUAAACUCAGAGAGCUGGAAGAGGAGAACCUUGCUCUCCGAUCGAAGGCUUGCCAUCUGAAGACAGAAACCAUUACAUAUGAAGAGAAGGAACAGCAGCUGGUCAAUGACUGUGUCAAAGAACUGCGGCAAACAAAUGCUCAAAUCUGUAGAAUAACAGAGGAGUUAUCAGAGAAGAGUGAGGAGUUGGUUCGCUACCAGGAAGAGAUCUCAUCCCUCUUGUCUCAGAUCGUUGAUCUCCAGCAUAAACUCAAAGAACAUGUGAUUGAAAAGGAGGAGCUGAAACUUCACUUACAAGCUUCCAAAGAUGCUCAGAGACAGCUGACGGCAGAGCUACAUGACUUGCAAGAUCGGAAUGCAGAGUGUCUAGGGAUGUUGCAUGAAUCACAAGAAGAAGUGAAGUUGCUGCGUAACAGAGCCAGAUCUGUUGCUUGUCUCUGCCACCCUCAGUCAUGUGGAGCAUUUCUUGUGGAUUCUCUUGCAGCAGAAAUUGAAGGGACAAUGCGGAAGGAAUUGAGUCAGGGUGAUGAAUCUGUUCUCUCCAAGCAAAAGGAUCAACAGAAACGAGUAUUUGACACUGUCAGGGUUGCUAAUGUCACUCGUGGCCGCUCGUCUUCCUUUCCUGCCCCAUUGCCAAUCCCUGGAUCUAAUAGGUCAAGUGUUGUUAUGACAGCAAAGCCCUUCGAGUCUGGCAUACACCAGUUGGAGAGCCAUGCACGGGUGACCCAGAGGAGCAGCUCUGAGAAGAAUUUGAAAGACACUCGUAAUCCUGGCCAGCCGGGAAUCCCGGGAGACAAUGGCUUAGUUGCAGCUCUGCACAGGCUCUCCCUCCGUCGUCAGAACUACCUGAGUGAGAAGCAGUUCUUUGAGGAAGAAUGGGAGCGAAAAAUGCAUUUGCUGGCUGAGCAGAAAGAAGGGGCUAGUGGCUGUAGUACACCCACAGAAAGCUGUUUUGCCUUGGGCACAAACUCAGAAUUCACUGAUCUCUCUGCCAGCUCCAAUAAUCUCCGUGUUCUCCUACCAGAAAAAUUGCAAAUUGUCAAACCCAUUGAAGGAUCUCAGACCCUUUUUCAUUGGCAGCAGCUUGCUCGACCCAACCUAGGCACCAUUCUUGACCCAAGACCAGGUGUUGUUACGAAAGGUUUUACCCCUCUGACUGAUGAUGCUGUGCACCACAUCUCUGACUUGGAGGAGGAUGAUGAGGAAGGAGGAGGUAUAACAUUUCAAGUGCAGCAGUCUGUCCUGGAGGAAAAGAAAUGUACAGCAGCAAAGCCAGUGGCAGGGAUUUUCCUCCCACCUCUUACUUCAGCGGCAGUACCACUCACCGUUGCAGCCUCAAAUCCAGGGAAGUGUCUGUCAUCCACAAAUUCUACAUUUACCUUUACUACCUGUAGGAUCCUUCACCCAUCUGAUGUCACUCAAGUUACUCCCAGCUCCGUGGGUACCCCAUUUUCACUUGGAAGCAAUAGCAGCAGUAUUGGAAACCCAGUAGUGAGCACUCCAACCAUUCCUUACAGGCUUAGUAUUGGAGAAUUUCUCACGAACAGAAGAGACUCAACCACUACUUUCAGCAGCACAAGAAGUCUGGCUAAACUUUUGCAAGAACGAGGCAUCUCUGCCAAGGUUUAUGAUAGCCCCAUAUUAGAAAAACUGCCUUUGCUUCAGGCCCCUCGAACUCUCCCCAUUCCUUCUACUCCACCAAAUUCUCCCUUGCGCUCGCCUUGUCCUUCCCCUCCACUGUUUGAGCAUCGGGUGCAUCAUUCAGAAAAUUUCCUGGCUUCUCGACCAGCAGAAACAUUCUUGCAAGAAAUGUAUGGCCUGAAGCCCUCCCGUAACACCCCAGACAUAGGCCAGCAGAAGAUGAACCUGGUGGACAGGCUGAAGAGGCUGGGUAUUGCCAGGGUCAUCAAGCCCCCUGAAACGCAGGACUGCAGGAACAAUCAGGAGCCAGAGGUUAGCUUGCGGAGGCAGGACUCAGCUGUGUUUUUAAAUGCAGGUACCAACUUAAUGGCAGGACUGAGAAGAAACCAGAGUCUUCCAGCCAUGAUUGGAGCACUGGGAGCUCCAGUUUGCACACAGUCGUCAAAAAUGGAUAUCCUAAAGGAGGACUGA